AUGCCAUCAUAUACAAUUAUACAUACUUUCCUGGGAGAAUGGGGCACAAACAAGAGUGCUAAUGCGACACCAGGGGUCUUGUCGGUUCUGAUCAGCUCCCCACUGGAAUCUUCUUGUGCCGGGUUUGCGGAUAGCCUUUACAGAUAG